AACCCUUUCCACUUCCUAAAUUAAAACUCUGUAGAUGUAUAAUUUCCCUUGUGAUUGAUACUAAUAUUCUGUUUCUGUGUCUGUGUACAUUUUUCUUCUCCUAAGACAUUCAGAAGGCAUCAUUGAAUUAAUUUCCCCCCUCCAUGUGCUGUCCCAUGCUUCUGAAGUCACUGUGGAGGACUUCAUGGCUGGUCCCUGGACUUCAUGAUUAACAUUCCAUCUUCAUGGUGUGGUGGCGGCAAGCAGCACUUGGCGUUUCCAUUGACGUUUCCCCUUCUUUCUCCUCUCCUGCUCCAUCUUUAUCAUUGCAGCACUUGCAGUUGACAAUCCAGGCCCUUCAGGACGAGUUGCGAACGCAGAGAGACCUCAACCACCUCCUGCAGCAGGAGAGCGGCAACCGAGGGGCGGAGCACUUCACCAUCGAGCUGACUGAGGAGAACUUCAGGCGGCUCCAAGCUGAGCAUGACAGACAGGCCAAGGAGCUGUUCCUUUUGAGGAAGACUUUGGAGGAAAUGGAGCUGAGAAUCGAAACACAGAAACAGACCCUCAAUGCCCGAGAUGAGUCCAUCAAAAAGCUCCUUGAGAUGUUGCAAAGUAAAGGCUUGCCGUCCAAAAGCCUGGAGGAUGACAACGAACGGACGCGGAGGAUGGCAGAGGCCGAGUCUCAGGUCAGCCACUUGGAAGUGAUUUUAGACCAGAAAGAGAAGGAAAACAUACAUCUCAGAGAGGAAUUGCACCGAAGAAGCCAACUUCAGCCGGAGCCAGCUAAGACGAAGGCUCUCCAGACUGUCAUUGAAAUGAAGGACACAAAAAUUGCUUCAUUGGAGCGAAACAUAAGGGAUCUUGAGGAUGAGAUCCAGAUGUUAAAGGCCAAUGGUGUGCUGAACACUGAGGACCGUGAAGAAGAGAUCAAACAAAUUGAGGUUUACAAAAGUCACUCCAAGUUUAUGAAGACCAAGAUUGAUCAGCUGAAGCAGGAACUUUCAAAGAAGGAGUCAGAACUUCUUGCCUUACAAACAAAGCUUGAAACCCUUAGCAAUCAAAAUUCAGAUUGCAAGCAACACAUUGAAGUGCUUAAAGAGUCGCUCACUGCCAAAGAACAGAGGGCUGCCAUCCUCCAGACUGAGGUAGAUGCACUGAGAUUGCGCCUGGAAGAGAAAGAAUCUUUUCUCAAUAAAAAAACGAAACAGCUGCAGGACCUCACAGAAGAGAAGGGGACGCUGGCUGGAGAGAUUCGUGACAUGAAAGAUAUGUUAGAGGUGAAAGAAAGAAAAAUCAAUGUUCUUCAGAAAAAGAUUGAAAACUUGCAAGAACAACUUAGGGAUAAAGACAAGCAACUGACCAAUCUGAAAGACAGAGUGAAGUCCUUGCAGACGGAUUCCAGUAACACAGACACUGCACUGGCGACGUUAGAGGAGGCUCUAUCAGAGAAGGAGAGAAUAAUUGAGCGCUUAAAAGAACAACGAGAGAGAGAUGAUCGGGAAAGACUAGAAGAGAUAGAAUCCUUCCGAAAAGAGAACAAAGACCUGAAAGAGAAGGUCAAUGCUUUACAAGCUGAACUGACUGAGAAAGAGUCUAGUUUAAUUGACCUCAAAGAACAUGCAUCUUCAUUAGCCUCUGCAGGGCUGAAAAGGGACUCCAAGUUAAAAUCUCUAGAAAUAGCCAUCGAACAAAAGAAAGAGGAAUGUAGCAAAUUGGAAGCACAGUUAAAAAAGCAAGCUGAGCAGUUGUUCAAUCAGAUGUACAACCCAGCACAUAACAUUGAAGACGACUCCAGGACGAACCCCGAGUUCGCAGACCGAAUGAAACAACUUGAUAAAGAGGCAUCUUACUACCGCAACGAGUGUGGCAAGGCCCAGGCGGAAGUUGACCGGUUGCUGGAGAUCCUCAAGGAGGUGGAGAAUGAAAAGAAUGACAAGGAUAAGAAGAUUGCGGAACUAGAGAGCUUGACUCCCAGGCAUAUGAAGGAUCAGAAUAAGAAGGUUGCCAACCUCAAGCACAAUCAACAGUUGGAAAAGAAGAAGAACGCUCAGUUACUGGAAGAAGUCCGCAGGCGAGAAGAUAGCAUGGCUGACAACUCUCAGCAUUUGCAGAUAGAAGAACUGAUGAACGCCCUGGAGAAGACCAGGCAGGAGCUGGAUGCCACCAAAGCACGCCUUGCCUCCACGCAGCAGUCCCUGGCUGAAAAGGAGGCACACCUGGCCAACCUCCGCUUGGAGAGGAGGAAGCAGCUGGAGGAGAUCCUGGAGAUGAAACAGGAAGCACUACUUGCGGCCAUCAGUGAAAAAGAUGCAAACAUUGCCUUGCUGGAAUUGUCUGCCUCCAAAAAGAAAAAGACACAGGAAGAAGUUAUGGCCCUCAAGCGGGAAAAAGACCGACUAGUGCAUCAGUUAAAGCAGCAGACCCAGAACAGAAUGAAGCUGAUAGCAGACAACUACGACGAGGACCACCAUCAUUACCACCACCACCACCACCACCACCACCACCGAUCUCCUGGGAGGCCACAACAUUCCAAUCACAGGCCCUCUCCAGACCAGGAUGACGAGGAGGGCAUAUGGGCAUAGCCGGGCCUGUAAACCAAAGUUCCAGUUUUGUUUUGAGGGGAUUUAUACAUGCUUCUUAAGGCAUGAUUGUGGACUCGGAAAUUGUCGCAAUUCUCCGGUCGUGGUUUCCAGCUGGCUGCUUGCUUUCACCAGAUAUGCCAGUGUGGUGUGACUCUCCCGUCCUUCUGGUUGUGUCAAAUGCUUGGCAAGGAAUAAGGAAAAUAAAACUAUGUAUCUUCAUGGAGCUGAAGCAGUCAUCUCUAAGAAGCCUGUUUAAUGGAUUGUGCUAUCUCUUCUAUGGCAGUUCUGAAGAAAACACAAGGAUCAAGGCAUAGUAAUGGUGAAUGGGUAACUGUAAUUCUUUCAAUGAAUUCAAAGUAUUGGCAUUAGCAGGUCUCCAUUGAGUAUCUGUUGCUUUCUUAAAAAUUACACUUCAACGGAGCUUUGUGUUGUAAAUUACAAACAUUACAUUUUUUCCCAUAAUGUUUUUCUCUUUUAAAAGCUGAUUUUUAGCUAUUAAGAACCCACCCUUUAUUUCUGUCCUGUCUGCAUUGUGAUCGAAUAGUGGCACAUGCCAUUACCAUAGUUAUAAAUGGAACAUUGAACUCUAGCAACUUUUGCUGCUGGGAAUUAUACCACUUGUAUGUACUGCAGGCUAUCUAACACUAAAUCACACAGUCCCCGGGGUUGAAUAUGUGUGUGGUUACAUGGAAUAUGGUAUUGAACUUGAUGCCAUUGCAUAUGACAUUUUAUUCAGAACGAGAAAUGUGGUAGACCGUAUGCCAUAGUGAUUUUUUUUCUGGCCAGAAAGUACCCAACGUUCAGUUCUUUCUUCUGGGACAAGCAUGAAAUGCCACAGUGCUGGAAAAUCAACAGGUCUGGGACAAUUCUUUGGGACGGCUUAGCACAUGCCCUUUCCCAAGUCUUGCCUUCAUAUCACGUGGCAGUGGUGCUUCAGGUGGAUCUUAGCCAGGAGCUGCUGUGUUUUGCCCAUGGGCGAUGGUUUCAUUGUUGUGUUUCACUUCUUAAUUCAACCUGUUGUAGUUCCCACUAAUGGGUCCAAUUGCUUUCUUUGGUACUGCAAGGGGAAUGCACAGAGGGGUGGUUUUCAGAUACAACGUCUUUCCGUGGAGUAACGAUGGAAUGCCUCCUGGAUCCAUGUGCUGCCAGUAAAGCCUGCUUUGUGUUGACGUGGGACUGUCUCGCCUCUUCUCUCCUUACUGGUAAAGGGAAAGGCAGCACUGGAACUCGCACUCCCACGUGCAGAGUGGUUCCAAAGGGAAGCUCGUCAGUAAGAGGAGGUGGGGAAGCCAGAGAAACUCUGGACAUCCUGCUUGGCGAGCCUUUCUCCCUAUUCCCUGUCUUUAAGAGAAACAUCAUAUUUACUUGCACAGAAAAGCUAGUGAAGGAAUAAAUUAAUUUAAAACAAUAUGAAAUGAGAAGAAAGGGUUUUAUAACACUAAAAAGCAAAUAAGUGUAACCCACUGAAAACAUGCAUGGAAUAGGUAGGCAAAGGAAACUUCUCAGAGUUUGGGAGUCGUCUGGAAGUUUGGCUCCUACGUGGGGCUCUUCUGUGGAGCUGCUUCUCCCAUCCUAACAGUUCGGGUGCUGGGCUGCACUGCAUCUCUCCUGAGUGAUAAAGAUGGUUAUUGCUCUUUCACAAGAUUCGUGACAGUGUGCCAUUCCCUGAGAUGUGAACCGUAUUGUCAUCUUCAGGAUGGAAUUGGCUCCUGAGAGCCAUAGAAAAUCUUGCCUUGCUCAAGACAAAUGUAGACAAUUGUGUUACAUCCCUACCCCCUUUUAUUCCUUCAUGAAUUUCUCCAAAUAUCAUGCACCCCAGAAAACAAAUGUCUUCAGAAAAUUAGUCAGUAUAUAAUCCUACUUUAAUAUGUUGUAAUAAAUGUUAUAGGCUUCUGGGGAAAACUAGUUUUCUUUCUUUAUGACUUCUUUAAACAAGUUUGCUUAGAUGUGCUCAGGCGUUUAAAACCGUAUCUUUAAGGAUUUAAAUAAUGAGGCAUAGGGAGAACCUUCCAUUUUUGAACAGCCGCUGCAUGUUUUGCAUUGCAUUACAAUCUGUGAGGCCUAAAGAGACAUUAAAUUUAUAACUAAAGAUGGAUAAACUAACUGUUUUGAAUGUUUUGAUUUAUGGCCCCUAUAAAAGAAACAUUACAAGAUGUUAUUUUACUAGACAUCAGUAAUAUGCUCAUAAUAGCAUCAGAAGGCCCUGAAUUGGAUCUGGAGUUUUGGUGCUGAAAUGAAUCAUAAUUUAGGAAAAGCUGCCCUAAAAAUUACAACAACUUGGAAUUAGCAUUAACAACCCCAACAGCUCCUCCCUUUUUUGCCACUUCUAGAUCCUAAGCCCAUGCAUGAUUUAUUUGUCUCACUAUGGUCAUUCAAGGGUGGUAUUUUCUGACAGCAAAGUGGAUUGGGGAAGUUUGCUUUUACACAGAGUUUUGACAGCCUCUCCCCUCUUAAACCUCAUAUCUAGGCCCGGCUUUAUCAGUAUGUGGCCUGUACAGUGCCCAGGGCCCUGCACUUAGGAGGGCCCCACUCUUAGUUUAAAACCUUUGCUAUCUCUGUCUUGGAAAUCUUAAUAUUUUUCAAAUAAGCCCCCCCCCAUUUUCCUUUGCCCUAGGCCCCCCAAUUAUGGAGUCUGUGCAGCUCAGACCCACCAUAUUGUCCAAUACUAUGCCUCCAACUUCUCUCUACUCCCUCCCAUCAGCUCGUCCACGUCCCUGUUUCCUUCUGCCUAGGAUUCACCUGUGGCCUGCCUCACUGUUCUGGUUUUCUAGAGCCUCCACGGGAUCACAUUUCCAGCAAGUUGUUGUCCUCAUUGGCAUCUCUGCAAUGUGUAUACAACCAUUGUCUCUUACCCAAGCCCCUAACCCCCACCCCCCACUCGUGUGCACGCAAGGCUUUGGGUUGUGAACAUAUGCUCCUGGAGCUCAAACUAUAUCUUCUAACCCACUUUGCAAAAUUCAGAAACAGCAGCUGCUCAGUUCUCCAUAACUUUCCUUUGGGGGAAAUCCACUUGAUGUCGCAAUCAUUUGUCUCAGCAAAUAACUCAGCAUUCAAAGGUGCUUUCCUUGGACUCCCAAGAGGUGUCUUGGUUUGUGGCCGUUCAACGCAGUGGGCAGUGGGAGAGCAAACAAGACAUCUUGUGAGAUUCAGUGCCACACCUGCCUUGACAUUUGAAUGUCCAGGCUCUUACUGUGAGCUCUUGGAAUUAAGCGGACGUAGAAGACAAGUUUUUAUUUCUUAAGCCACUAGAAAGGAAUAAGUCUUUUUUGAUUGAAAACGUAUGUAAAUUUUAGGACCUGAUUCAUAAAAGUACAGAUGUGGCAUUAACAAGUUUUGGCAUGGGGCUGUGAUGCUAGUAGAUGCAUCCUGUUCAAAAUGAAGAAUUGUAGCUCUGUGCCACUGGCACGUGACGGUGUUAUGGUGAGUGCAAUUAUGAAUCCCAGAACAUCUAGACAUGAGGAAGGGGUUUUGACAAAUAAAAGUGGUGCUGGAAGUGCCAGUGGAACUCCCUGGAAUGCGCCCUCUUAGGAAGAAUGGAAGAAUAAGGAGGGAAAUGUUUUAUUAUGGCUGGGAAGUUUUUACCUUUCUUGCCUUCUCUUAACAGACAGGGUCUGUGUACUAGGCCUGUGCUUGUCCUGGGCCAACAGAAAUCUGGCCACUGGGAAAGAAGUCGUGGAAGAGCCCUGGGCUCUAUACGAAAUGGACAUUGCUAUGCAAAGUGAAGGUUUUCUUUUCCACGUCCUGUACAAGGUUACCUACUAGUGUUUUAAAUUCAGUUUACAGCUCCUGUGACUGAGGAUCUGAUAUAUCUCUUUCUUAUGCCAUUGACUACUAAGACUUUCAUUCAUUCAUUCACUUAUUAUUCACUCAUUUGUCCAUUCUGUCAUCAAAUGAUUAAGUUCUUGGUUAGAUGCUGGGAAAGCCAUGAUGCAUAAAGAUAGAUAUGAUUGCUACCCUGUGGAUCUUGCCAUCUAAUUGAGGGAAACAGAAUAUAAAUAAUUAAACAUAUGAAUAGAAACCUUAUACAUUUUGAUCAUUGCUUUGAUGGAAACCAGGAAGAUACUGAGAUUAACAUGAGGAACCUACUUAAGAAAGGAUGCUCAGUGAGCAUCUCUCUAAGGAAAUGAGUUGUAAGCCAAGCAUUAAAAGAGGGAGAAUCAGGAGGCAUCCACACCAAGGUGUACGUUUGGGAGGUGGUCCUAGGCAGGCAUGUAAAGAGCUGGAGGUGAGAAGGAGAUUAGGGGCUGAAGGAACUUGAAGACCAUACCUCUGUGUAGAGCACAGAACAGUGAUAUAAGGAUGGGGAAGCAGGAAGGGGCCGGAAAGCAUAGGGCCUUUUAGGCCAAGGCAGAGAGUUGACAUUUUAGCCUAAGAAAAAUGAGCAGACAGUGGAGGAUCUUAGGCAGGGAUAUGACAUGAUUUGAUUUAUAUUGUAGAACAAGCCUGGCUGCCGUAUGGAGGAUGAAUUGUCAUGUCAGAAGGAGCAGAAGUAGAGGCUGUUCCUUCAUUUGUGAGAGAAUCAAUGGCGCUGACCCAGGGCAGCAGUAGUGGAGAUGCAGACAAGUGGAUAAAUUGGAGCUAAGACUAGGACUUGGAUCAGGAGGUAAGAGAAAGGACAAAACUGAGAAUGCCUCCACGUUCCCACCUGGGGGGCCAAAGCUGCAGCAGGCAAUCAUUGGGGCUUGGGGGGCUGAGAAGGAAUCCAGAGUUCUGUUUUUCCCAGAUGUCCAGUUGGGCUGGCCAGUGGAAAGAAGGCUUUUGCCCUAUCCUCAUUUCCAUCUGUCUGCAUAUCUACAGGGCAACCUCUGGACUCUUAUUGCAGUGAUGUGCAAUAAAGAGGUGACAAUAAGAUGACAAAGUGAAAGCAUGGGUGAAGUCUGACUUUAGGAGUGUGUGGCUCCUCCAACUGUUGAAGUGAAGGAGAGAGCUUGCAAAGAUUUCAAAGAAAAGUCAGUAGUUAUAGAAUAGAGAGACAUUGGUGGGGGGGGGAGUGUUCUGUAGAAAAACAAAGCCCCUGAAGUUGUAGGAGGUUGAAAAGGACCCAGAGAGAGGAGAGGGAGAUGAUGGGGUUCUCACAGUUGCCCCUAAGAUCACCAGGCAUUAGGAAUUCUGCUUCAUGAGAUGUUGACCACUCUUCAUGGUUGGCUUCCCAUCUUGAAAUUCUGAGCAUAUUAUUUUCUGCAAGAGGAGCUUUCAGUAGUCUCUUUUCAGGAGUUAAGAUGAGAAACAACCAGAAGUAGCUAUGAGAUGUUUCACAACCUCCAUGACAAUGGCUCUGCCUACCUCCAAUUGCAGAACCGAUUCCUGAGCAAAGUGAGAUGUUUUUGCUUUAUCUCUGUCCCCACUGCCUUUUUUUUUUCUUUCCUCCUCUGGAAGAUAUCUGUAUGUUUACAUCUUCUGUUCAGGCUUAUAAAGGUAGUGUUUAGAGCUAUGACUUGACUAGUGUUUAGUAGCUAUGACUACUAUCUGUAGUCCUCGCGAUCAGUAAUUCAUUCAAAAAAUA